CUCGAAGGUAGUAUUACAAUCCCCCCUUGUGAACCCACCAAGUUCUCGGGUUCGUCUUCCCACUAUGCGCGUUCCGUUUAUUUUCAUCCUUCUGGCCGCCAUCGGCCUCGCCGGCGGCUUCGUCGGCGCGGACUGGUCGUCUGCUUCUGCUUCUGAUGAAUCGAGUGCCGUCGCCUCUAUGUUUCCCCGCGAGACCGGCUUCGCGGCUCAGACUAUUCGCACCGAAUGGACUCCGGAACCUACUCCUGCUCCUGAUGGAGUGGCUUCUGAUACCCAACGUGCUCUUGAUGUUCCCCAGCGCCGCGCUGUUUCUUCUCAAGAAUGGGUGAAUGAUGUCACUUGCGGCUACUUGGCGGGAGCCUCUCCUGAAGCUUUCGUCUGCGGAGAUGGCGCGAUUUGCGCUACCAACUCCAACAACGUCGUCGCCUGCGUUUCCGGCACAAAAUCGGCUUUCUACUCCAAGUGUGUCGACUUCUCUGCUUCCAAGACUGAUGGUUGUGGCGAUUCUGACUCGGGAGUCGGAUGUUGUACCGACAGCUACUACGGCUUUUGCGCAACGUAUCAAUGGACUGGCACGCCUGUGCGAUCCAUGUUUCGUUGUGCGAACGCAUCGACGAUAGCCACUAUGUUAGAUGCUCCGGAGUACAUCGUCGACGCAACACUCACCGGAUCGUCUGUCAACACGGCCACCAAGCUGGAUGCUCUCCCCACCAGUGUCUACCCCGAUAGCGAGGGUUCGUUGAUAGACGCCGCCACGGACAGGAUUACUAACAGCAAUUCUCCCACCGUCGGCGUCAUCAUAGGGAGCAUCCUAGGCUCCAUUCUCACUAUCAUCCUUGGCGGCUUGUUCAUCGUUUCAUGCCUAUCCAACCGCAGGAAAGCCGUGAGAAACCACUUCCGCGUCCACAACCACAUCGACGCCUUUCGUUUCCCCGCCGGCGUGGCAAAUGGUAACGGUAACGGUAACGGUGAUGGUGGUGGUGUUCUCCCCAACAUCCUCGUCGCUCUGCCCACCACCCUCGUCCAGCACUCAGCCGCUAUCCGCGUGUACCCCGCCUCUUCCGUGUAUUCGCAAGACUCCGGCAUCGCGCCGGACUCGCGCCGUACCUCGGCCCCCGCGUACCUGUACACCCCGACCCGCCGCGAGCGCAUCAUCCGUUCUUCGAUUGGAAUCUUCAACCCCGGCUCCGGUUCCGGUUCCGGUUCCGCCUCCGGCAGUCCCCCUGAGUACGAGUGGCACGAGAUGACGGGGGUGCGCGCGCGCCCCGAGAGCGUUCCCGCUUACAGAUACGGCUACGGCUAUGCCUACUCCCAGCAGCAGUAUGACCGUGACCAGGACAGCCAGUCCCCACCCCCGAGUUACUCCCGCUACCCCGUCGGCGAGUACCCUCUGGCUGCCGCCGGCGGUGUCCAGGGUGUGGCCGAGCGGGGCGCCGAGGGCGUCGUGGCCUGUGCGUGCGACGGCGACGACAAUGCCACCGCUACCGCUAUCGGCUCCGUUGUCGAGGAGGGUCCUGCGAGAGAAGAGCAGCAGGAAGAAGAGGAGGCUCGUGAUCUUAAGUAGGUGGCGAAAGAACCUUGCCUUACCUACGAACAUCUGAACUGAAGGCCUUUGUCUUCGUGUUCUUUUCGCCGUCGUCGGCAGUAGGGCUGGCUGUAGUAAGGUUUCUUUAAGGAGUGAAUAAUAAAAAAAGAAAGAAGAAUGAAGGAAGGAAGAAAGUACGCUGGUGCAAGGCUCAAUUCUACUUUUGAUGAAUUACGACAGAAGCUGGAAAAGCUGAUCUUGAAGAGAACGUGAAAAAGGGGAAGAGAAAAAGGAGAGACCAGGUCCUAAUAAUUCGUACCUAAGGCGAGGUCUCGCAUAAGUCUUUAACAUCGAACAAGCCUCGGUGUCUCUGGUUUCUCGCAGCUCUAGCUAGCUGUUUUUGCACUGCGUUGCGUUGAGUUUUCAUUCGGUUCGAUAUGAUGUGAUGUGACAUGGGUAUGCGAACGGAGUAAUGGAUACCUACCUACCCCGACAAGGCAAUGUCUUGGUCCGCGCCGUUUGGUCGGGACGUAAUUUGUAU